UUCUACCUCUCCGAACAAUAGAGCGGGUUCUUGCGUAGCAGCUCCUCUCAUCGAAGCCAUGGAAACAGUCCCGAAACUCGAUUCCAAUUCUGAUUUUGACCUCAUAAUUUUGGGUGCUUCGGGGUUCACUGGCAAAUACGUUGUCAGAGAAGCUCUCAAAUUCCUCAAUGCCCCUUCUUCCCCUCUCAAAUCCAUCGCUUUGGCAGGUCGCAACCCUGCAAAACUCUUCGAAGCUCUUAAAUGGGCCUGCCGUCCUGAUCCCCCUCCUUCCAUCCCGAUUUUAACUGCCGACACAACAGAUCCCCCUUCCCUCCUCAGGCUCUGUGGCCGGACCAAGCUGAUUCUCAACUGCGUCGGCCCCUUUCGUCUCUACGGCGAGCCUGUUGUUGCCGCUUGUGCCGAAACCGGGUGUGACUACUUGGAUAUAAGUGGUGAGCCUGAGUUCAUGGAAAGGAUGGAGGCCAAGUACCACGAGAAGGCCGUGGAGACAGGCUCCUUGGUGAUAUCGGCAUGUGGGUUUGACUCGAUUCCUGCUGAAAUGGGACUGAUGUUCAAUUCGAGGCAGUGGGAGGCUCCGUCGGUGCCGAACCGUAUCGAAGCGUACUUGAGCUUGGAGUCCGACAAAAGGCUUGUGGGUAACUAUGGGACUUACGAAUCGGCUGUUUUGGGCGUGGCUAAUGCAAAGAAGUUGCAGGAACUGCGACGAUCGAGACCCCGAAGAGCUAGGCCAGUGAUUCCUGGACCUCCUCCCCCCAAAGGAAUUAUUGAACACCAGAAGAAAAUUGGCCUUUGGGCAGUAAAACUACCUUCAGCAGACUCAGUUGUUGUUCGAAGAACACUUGCAGUUCUAACAGAGAAUCCCCGUGGUCUCCCUGGAAGGAAUGAUAGCACUGAGGUGAUUGAGAAACGGGGAGCAUACUGGUCAACUGUGAAGCCGGCUCAUUUUGGUGUGAAAGUAGGCUCCAAAUCCUUGUUGAGGACUUUUGGAUUCGUUACAAUUGGGGUGUUCUUCGGUCUUUUGGGAAAUUUUUCUUUUGGAAGGUGGCUUCUAUUGAAAUUUCCCUCAUUCUUUAGCCUUGGUGGGUUCAGGAAGGAAGGUCCUUCUGAAGAAGAGGUUGAAAGCGCUUCAUUUAAGAUGUGGUUUGUAGGGCAUGGUUAUAGCAAUGGGAGUCUUGUGGCACAGGGGAACACAGAACCUGAUAUGGAAAUUAUAACUAGAGUAAUGGGACCUGAAAUUGGAUACAUCACCACUCCAAUCACUCUAAUUCAAUGUGCUCUUGUGCUUCUCAGCCAACGGGACAACCUACCAAACGGAGGAGUAUAUCCUCCAGGUAUAGUUUUUGGUCCUACUGAUCUUCAGGAAAGACUUCAACAAAAUGGGAUAUCAUUUGACGUCAUUUCGAGGACCACUCUUUCCUCUUGAUUCUUGUACUUUGAUCCUUUGUUAGAUGAGAUGACACAAAGUUACCCAAGUUACCCUGAUCGGCAGGGAAACUCUCUUUCUAUGUUCUCUUGUCUUUUUGACUUGAUCUGAAUAUGAUAAUCUCUUAACCGAUA